AUGUCAUGGUCAACAUCGUCGCCGGGCAUGGCCAUCAGCCGUACACCGGAGGGUGUGGAAGACGAUGGUGACAGAAUGCCGGCAUCAAGCCGAAGGAAGAAGGUGGUGGUUGUCGGCUUGGGAAUGGUUGGCAUAGCCUUUGUGGAGAAACUACUGAAACUUGAUGCCAAGAGGAAAGAAUACGACGUUGUGGUCGUGGGCGAGGAGCCCCAUCUGGCAUACAACCGUGUCGGGUUGACAAGCUUCUUUCAGCACAGACAAGUCGAAUCGCUGUACCUGAACCCAGAGUCUUGGUAUAAGGGCCAUCCCUCAAACUCAUUCAGCUACCAUUUGAAUACGCUUGUCACCGAAAUCAAGCCGGGGGAGAAAGUGGUCGUCACCGCUCGAGGUGACACAAUACCUUAUGACAUCUUGGUUCUAGCGACAGGGUCCGACGCCGUUCUUCCACGGCAUACCCCCGGCCACGAUGCCAAGGGGGUGUUCGUAUACAGAACAAUUGAGGAUCUCCAGCAACUCAUCGCAUUCUCUGCCACCGUCAAGGGCACCACGGGAUGCGUUGUGGGUGGCGGGCUACUCGGCCUCGAAGCAGCCAAAGCCAUGAUGGAUCUGGAGAAAUUUAAGCAGGUCAAACUCAUUGAAAGAAAUAGAUGGGUGCUGUCGCGGCAGUUGGACGGAGACGCUGGGGCCAUGGUCGUCGAACUAGUCCGCAACCUCGGACUCGACGUGAUGCUCAGCAAGAGAGUCGGAAGAAUCUUGACCGACGAGAACCACGCUGUGCGGGGCCUCGUCUUCGAGGACGGCGAGGAAAUGGCGUGCUCGUGCAUCAUGUUCGCCAUUGGCAUCAAAGCCAGGGAUGAGUUGGCGAGGGCGGCGGGUCUGAAAUGCGCCGAUCGAGGCGGAGGUGUCGUUAUCAACAGCGACCUGCAGACCAGCGACCCGAACAUUUACGCAAUCGGCGAAUGUGCAAGCUGGGAAAAUCAAACGUUUGGGCUCAUCGCCCCUGGUGUUGAACAAGCCGACGUUCUGUCAUUCAACCUCACCCAAGCCAAGGUUCACAGCCCGCGAACGUUCAAGCGACCAGAUUUGAGCACCAAGUUGAAGCUUCUGGGCGUCGAAGUUGCCAGUUUCGGGGACUUCUUUGCCGACAGGGACGGACCCAAGGAUCUCCCCAGACGGCACGUCAGCCGGGCGGAGAAGAAAGGCACUGACAGCCAAGACAAAGUCAAGAAUCUCACGGACGGUCCGCCGCCUCCGGCUGUCAAAGCACUCACCUACAGAGAUCCAUUUGCAGCCGUGUACAAGAAAUAUUUGUUCACCAUGGAUGGCAAGUAUCUGCUUGGCGGCAUGAUGAUCGGCGACACGAGGGACUAUGUUAGACUGGUGCCCAUGGUCAAGAACAAGAAGCCGUUGGAAGUGCCACCAUCCCAAUUCAUCAUCGGUGCAUCCAAGGACGGUGAAGAGAACGCCGACGACCUGACGGACGACACACAGAUCUGCUCGUGCCACAAUGUUACCAAAGGUGACGUCGCGAGCGUGGUCAAGGACGGCUCCUGCAAGUCCAUUGGCGACGUCAAGUCGUGUACCAAGGCUGGCACGGGCUGCGGUGGCUGCAUGCCUCUGGUCCAGUCCAUCUUCAACCAGACGAUGAAGGAAAUGGGCCAAGAAGUCCUGAACCAUCUCUGUCCCCACUUCAAAUACUCGCGAGCUGAUCUCUACAACAUUGUCUUCGUCAAGAAAUUGAGAAACUUUGGUGAGGUCAUGAGGGACAGCGGCACCGACCCCAACAGCCUCGGAUGUGAGGUCUGCAAGCCUGCCAUUGCGUCGAUCCUCGCCGGCAUGUUCAACACCCACGUUAUGGAAAAGCCACUCCACGGGCUCCAGGAUACUAACGACAAGUAUCUCGGAAACAUUCAGCGUAACGGAACAUUCUCCGUCAUACCUCGCGUUGCUGGCGGAGAGAUCAGUCCCGACAAGCUUAUCGUCAUUGGCCAGGUGGCGAAGAAGUACGGCCUCUACACCAAGAUCACUGGUGGCCAACGCAUCGACAUGUUCGGGGCCAAGAAGCAGGAUCUGCUGGAUAUCUGGUCGGAGCUGGUUGCCGGAGGACUCGAGUCAGGCCAUGCCUAUGCCAAAUCUCUCCGGACUGUCAAGUCGUGUGUGGGGACGACCUGGUGUCGCUUCGGCAUCGGAGACUCGGUGGGCCUCGCUAUCCGCCUCGAAGAAAGAUAUAAGUCGAUUCGAGCUCCACACAAGAUCAAAGGUGGGAUCUCGGGGUGCGUCAGGGAAUGCGCUGAAGCCCAGAACAAAGAUUUCGGUUGUAUUGCCACGGAGAAAGGGUUCAACAUCUUCGUCGGAGGCAACGGCGGGGCCACGCCGAGACACUCAGAAAUCCUCGCCAAAGACGUGCCUCCGGACGAUGUCAUCCCCAUCCUGGACCGAUAUCUGAUGUUCUACAUCCGGACAGCCGAUAAACUUCAGAGAACGGCUAGGUGGGUUGAGAACCUGCCUGGCGGUAUCCGCUAUCUGCGGGAGGUGGUUCUGGAGGACAAGCUGGGUAUCUGCGCCGAGCUGGAGAAGCAAAUGCAAGAACUUGUCGGUACAUUCUUCUGCGAGUGGACGGCAGUGCUGAACGACCCGGAGAAGCGGAAGGCGUUCCAGCAAUUCGCCAACACCGCGGAUCACAGAGAACCUGCGGUGGAGAAGGUCGAGGAGAGAGGCCAGUUCCGACCAGCGUACUGGGCGAAGGAUCCCGUGCACGAAGACUUCAAAGGGACUCGAUGGACCAGCCUGACUUGGCAACCCAUCGUGGAGACGAACAAGUUCCACGACCUGGACACUGGUUCGUCACAAACUGUCAUCCGGGGCGACACCCAGCUGGCGGUCUUCAAACUGAAGGGGAAAUACUACGCCAGUCAGCAAAUGUGCCCUCACCGCCGCACGUUUGGACUCUCGGACGGUCUCGUGGGGGAGACCGCGUCGGCAGACUGCAAGGACAGCAAAUUCUACGUCAGCUGCCCCUACCACAAGAGGAACUUCCAGCUGAACGGGGAGGUCGACUUUGACAAGAAGGACGCCGGUGCCGGCUCAUGCUCGAACGACAGCGGCUUGUCCAUCGCCACGUUUCCGGCUGAAGCGCGGGAGGACGGGUGGGUCUACCUCAAGCUGCCGCCCGUGCAUGAGUUGGACAACGUGCUUGGAACGAGCAGGUGGACAGUGAAGAAGGACGAAGCCCCGAACCCAUUUGCCAGUCUUGAUCAAAAGCUGGGGUAUCACAAAGGUCUGCGGCCGCAGAAGACCGUCGCUCCCAUGCCAGGCACGGGGAAUGUGCGAGCGGGGGGAGAAGUCGGGGUGGCAGCCCAAAGGAGGAUUGACUGGUAG